CCAAGCGAGAAUAGUGUUGGGCAGCCAAGUAGACAAACAUGAAUACCGGACCUUUUGGGGGACCUCCCCACCACCAAGGUAUCCCGGGAUUGGGUGGGCUAGGGGGGAACUGGAAUGCAAACAUGCACUGGGGAAAUCCAAACCGGGCCCCUUACUUGGACUGUAGCUACUGCGACGACCCUGUCAUGAAGGCGAAACUUGAUGCCAUCGCAGCAGGAAAACCAUACACUUAUGAAGACUACCAGAAAGAUGUGUCGGAUAUUAAAAAAACUGAAAAGGAAAGAUUCGAGAGGGCAAUUAAGGAGAGACCAGAAGAGGAAAAGAUCAAAUCUGAAGCACAUAUGGUAUCCUUUAUUGGAGGUCCUGAAGUAUAUUCUGCAGAUGAGGAUGAAAUUCCUGAUGAUGGACCAAACGGUUUCGAGUUUACAACACUGGAUUCUCUUUUCAAAGGGAGGCCGUUAUCCUGCGUGACGAGAGAAGAGUGGGGGGCAAGACCAGUCGAAAACAUCACUCUUAGAACAUCUUGGCCGAUCAUGACCAUGGUGUUGGACAUGAGUUGUAUGAGUGCCAAUAUAGACAGAUGCUACAACAAGGAGGACUGUAUACUGAGGGUGAGGGAUCUGCAGAGAUACUACAUGGAUGUCAUCGGACUGCCUGACAUACCUUACAAUUUCCUAGUAAGCCAUGAUGGGACUGUGUUUGAGGCAAGAGGGUGGUACGUCCAGCCUUCCCCCACCAUUAACAGCUACCCUCUCAAUAGAGAAGCUCGAAUGGACAUUGCCUACAUCGGGGAUUACAAAGAUACCACUUACCCUACCGAAACAACGGGGGCCGUCUUGGAAUUGAUGACUAAAGGAAUUGACAUGGGGUUGGUUGAUUCCUUUUAUGAUGCUAUGGACCACAGGGAUGGAGUCCCAGAUGAAUUUUGAACAAGAUGAACGAAGAACUAGGAGAGUAAUAAAGUUGUCAAUAUUAGUGAAAAUAUAAGAAAAAAUAUGGGUAAUUUAAAAGAAAGUAGAGCAUUUGUUAGUUAAAAAUAGCAUAAAAUAAUACAGGGUAAAAGAGUAAACUUACAUAAAGGU